AUUUUAGUCAUUGGAUCCACCAUGACUUUCAAAAUAUCAUAUGUCUUUCUCUUUCUUGUCUUCAUUGCUUCUACAAGCAGUUCAUCAUAUAUUACAGAUGAGUCUGAGUCAGCUGAAUUAGAGGCAUACCGCAUAGCAAAGUUAGGAUAUCUGCUUAGCUCUGCUCAAAGUCAUAAAGAUUCCGAUACAGAAGUAGAGCCAGAUGAUACAGAUAUUAAUAAAGAGCCUAAUACUACACCUGAUGAUACAGAUAUUUAUAAAGAGCCUAAUACUACACCUGAUGAUAGAGAGGACAUACCUAUUUCAGAGGUUGACAUCCAGUUAGUGAAAGACAUAAGAGAGGAAAGGGUAAAUAAAGAUAUUGCUCUCGAUAUGAACUGUGAGAGGGUUGUCUCAAUGGUCACUUGUUCUUUCCAGUACAAAAACAAUGGAGUCAAGGACUAUUAUUUAUUCAAACGUGAUUCUCCACUAGAGGGCGAGAUCAAUUCUCCAUUCAUAUACGUUUAUGGCAAUGGGUAUCCGGUUCAAUACAAGGGGAUAAUAGUCCACCGCAAAGAUCCAACACUGGAUGACUUUGUCUUGCUAAGAGCUGGAAAGAGCAUAUCUGCUUCAAUCAGACUCACUGAUGCAUUUGACUUUACGCAAAAUACAAUUUACACCGUCCAGUACAACAAACCAAUCAUGUAUAUUGAGAAAGGAAGCAUAAUGAUGGAAUGGAAGAGGAGUGGAAUAAAGGCAAUGCGUGCUACAGCAGUUUUUAAGGCUGAUACUUUUCUCUUGUACGACGUUGGGUCCCUCUCUAAACCAGACUUAAGCAUCGAAACUGAUCAAGAUGAUGAUGAAGAUGCAUACCAAGAGGAUGAUGUUGACAUUACAGGUCAGUCUUGUCGUGGUGCUAAAGUAACUGGAGGUGAUAGCAUACAAUCGAAUAACACUCUUGAGCUCCAUGAAGACCUUUGCAAUAAUCUAAACAUGGCAAGGGGAAUGAUUAAAAAGCCAUUUAAAAAGUACAUGGAAUGGUUUGGAAAGAAUGAAAAAAAAUACUACAGGUAUGUAUACAAUACCUUUACAAUCAUUUUAAAUCGGUUGAGAAGAACUGAAGUUCACUAUGAGGUCAAAAAAAAGUGCCCAAGAGGCUGGAUUGCGUAUAUUCACAAAUCUGAGAAGGGAAUGAUAGCACUUUGCAAGUCUUUCUUUGAUAUAAAAGAAAUUUACUGUACAGAAAAUCCUUAUGAGCAGACCAGAGAGGGAGUUGUAGUCAAUCUACUGGUUCAAGGAUCUGAGCAUGCCUACAACUUGGUAUCGCAUCCAGGAUAUUAUAUUAAGUGGCUGGCAUAUUCUUUUCCAAUGAUUGCUAUCAAAAAUGUCAAAAAUUACGAGUUGUUCUAUUGCGAUGCUCAAGAACCAGAACCCUAUUAGAGAUUGGAUUCAUGAUUCUAUUGAACUAUAAUUUGAACAUUUUUGUAAUGUAGAUAGCUAUUAGCCUUAAUUAAUUUUUCAUAUAUUAUAUAGCUACAGAAUAAAUAAUUGCUCAUAGCAUUAAUCAAACAGA